AUGAACCUCGCAAUGUCCAGAGUCCAAAAGCGAUCGAUCUGGUGGCGCUCGGUCAACUUUGUGAAGCUUGCUCUCGUUUUCGAGCUGUUGUGGUUUCGUCGUGGGUUUGAAGUUGGUCGCGUAUUCGCUCAUGGAGCGGGAUGGGCCAAGAGUUUAAAGGAUGAUGUUAGCGGCAUCGUCAUCAUCGGUAACGGAGUCAUGGACAGUGGCAACAAUGUUAGAAAUGAAACGAGAAGUCUCGUGAAAGAUACAAAGAAAGACAAAGACAUUGCCGUGAUGCCGCUGAGGGCUAUCGAUGCGGGCAACUGA